AGCUCUUUAACUGGGAGCCCUCCUGCUACAGGCCGAGCAGCACUUCACAGCUCUUUGACAAAAAGACAAAAAGGAUGGCAAGCUCUUUCACACGCCUGAUUUCAGGCCGUAACAAGGCCGUCCUGUUGGCUGGUCUGGGUGCUGGAACUAUGGCCACAGGCUUCCUGUUGAGUGACAGUGGCUCUCUUUCUGCUGAGGCAAAGAAGAAGCUGUAUCCUCCCAGCUCUGACUACCCAGAUCUGAGAAAACACAACAACUGCAUGGCUUCUGCCCUGACUCCAGCAAUUUAUGCCAAACUGAGAGACAAGGUCACUCCCAACAACUGGACUCUGGACCAGACCAUUCAGACUGGGGUGGACAACCCAGGCCACCCAUUCAUUAAGACUGUGGGCUGCGUUGCUGGUGAUGAGGAAAGCUAUGAGGUGUUCUCUGACCUCUUCAAUCCUGUGAUCAUCGACAGACAUAACGGCUAUGAUCCAAAAACAAUGAAACACCCAACUGACCUGGAUGCAUCCAAGAUAACCAAUGGCAUGUUUGAUGAGAACUACGUGUUGUCCUCUCGUGUGCGUACGGGCCGUAGUAUCCGUGGUCUGAGCCUGCCUCCAGCUUGCUCCAGGGCUGAGCGCCGUGAGGUGGAGCGUGUUGUGGUGACGGCCCUGGCUGGUUUGAAAGAUGACUUAGCAGGCCGUUACUACAGUCUAGGUGACAUGACAGAGCAGGAGCAGCAGCAACUGAUAGAUGACCACUUCCUGUUUGACAAGCCCGUGUCUCCAUUAUUGACAUGUGCCUUUAUGGCCAGAGAUUGGCCAGACGCCAGAGGCAUCUGGCACAAUAAUGAGAAGACCUUCCUGAUCUGGAUCAACGAGGAGGACCACACCAGAGUCAUCUCCAUGGAAAAGGGUGGCAACAUGAAGAGGGUGUUUGAGAGGUUCUGCAGAGGACUCAAACAGGUGGAGCAUCUGAUUCAGGAGAGGGGCUGGGAAUUCAUGUGGAAUGAGAAUCUUGGAUACAUCCUAACAUGCCCCUCCAAUUUGGGCACUGGUCUUAGAGCAGGAGUUCAUGUUCGGUUGCCAAAACUAAGCAAGGAUGCACGGUUCUCCAAAAUACUGGACAACCUGAGGCUUCAGAAGAGAGGCACUGGUGGUGUAGACACAGCUGCCACAGGAGAUACGUUUGACAUUUCCAACAAUGACCGCCUGGGCAAAUCUGAGGUGGAGCUGGUCCAGCUAUUGGUUGAUGGAGUCAACUACCUGAUUGAUUGUGAAAAGAAACUGGAAAAGGGACAGGACAUCAAAGUCCCUGCUCCAGUCGCUCAGUUUAAAAAAUAAACUUUCAAUCCCUCAAUAAGACAUGGCAACCUGGGCCAUAACUAUGUUCCAAGGUGUGCCCUUCAUUUUCGUUACAGAGACCAUUUCCCUUUCUAUCCAACAAGAUAAAUAUUUAGCGCUGAAAAAAAUGCUACCUCACAUCAAGGUCUUUCACUGUAACCCUAAUUAAAAUAAACAUGAAACAAAGUU